CUCUUAUUUUUUUUUGCCCUUUCUCGUCAUUCACGCAACGUUUGAGUCCAAUAUCAAUGUUGAAACAUCUCCACAUGAACUCGCCUCGUCUCCAGCUGGCUUAGCUUUGCGAGCCGCGGACAAAAACAGGCGCAAGUGAGCUACGCACGCUAGCAGGAGCGUCGAGUGUUUGUUGUCGCGCAAAAAUGUGCAAAGUGAAAAUGCUGAGACAUUUGGUGAACGAGCGACUGAGUGCGGCCGUGGAGGACAUCUUUGCGGUUCUGGAGAGAACCAUAACGGAGUACGAGGACGAACUUUCCAGGACAAAAGAGCAGAAUCGGCGACAGCGUCAACGACUGGACGCUCUCAUGGACUCGCACACCGCAGAUGUCGGCAAAGAUAAUAAGCAGCAGCAGGAGUGGCGCUACGGGGGGUCGCGGGGGGGACCGCAGCCCUCUCACCACGUUAAGGAGGAAGAAGAGGAAGUGGACGUUAGUGAAGAAGGCUUCCAUGUCAUUGUGAAGAGUGAAGAUGAAGAAGAAGAAGAAGAAGGUGAGCACGAAGAGAAGAGAGCCUCAGGCAGCCUCUUAGCUCGUCUCUCGGCCAGCGGGGACGCGUCGCCUCCUGACACCAACGAAGUCUCUGCUGAAGACUCCGAAGGCGCAUCCCGCUCCAAAUAUCCUCAAUGUGACAAAACAUUUGAUGACAAAGCCGCCGUGAAGAGACACGCCGGGCAUCACCGGGGCGGCAAAACGUUCAGCUGCUCCGUGUGCGCCAGCAGUUUCCAUCUGAAGAAACAUCUCGUCCGUCACAUGAUCGGCCACCCGGGGGAGAAACCCUUCGUCUGCCCCUUCUGCGGGGCCGGGUUCUACCAUAUGAGCAGCCUGGUACGACACAGGCGGACCCACACUGGGGAGAAACCCUACACGUGCUCUGUGUGCGGGAAAAGAUUCUCGCAGAAAGGACAUUUAAUCACGCACGCCAGGACGCACACGGGAGAAAAAAGUUUCUCCUGCUCCGUCUGCGGCACCGCUUUUAGCGACCGAUCCGCUCUCGUUCAACACCGACGAACUCACACCGGAGAGAAACCGUUCGCGUGCUCCGUUUGCGGUGGCAAAUUCACCCGCAGGGGACAUCUUCUCAUUCACAUGAGGACACACACUGGAGAGAAACCAUUCGCUUGCCCUAUAUGCGGGAAACGACUAACCCGCAAGGCGCAUUUGACCACGCACAUGAGGACGCACACGGGAGAAAAACCUUUUCCUUGCUCCGUGUGCGGCACCACGUUCAGCUUCCGCUCAGCUCUGGCCCAGCACAUGAGGACUCACACUGGAGAGAAACCUUUUCCCUGCUCCCUGUGCGGCGAGCGAUUCUCCCAGAAAGGACACUUGAACAUUCACACGAGGACGCACACCGGAGAAAAACCCUUCAGCUGCACCGCCUGCCAGAAGAAGUUCACCCACAAGUACCAGAUGAAUAAACAUAAGUGUGCCGUGAACAACAACAACAGCAGCAGCCAGUGAACACUUUCAAAUUGACAUUUUGGUGACACUGACACUUGGUCAUUUGUUGUAAAUUUACAGUAAGUCGUCUCCAUCACGGGGGUUAUGUUGCAGCCCCACAGCAAGUGAAAAUCUUUGAUUAAAAAAAAAAAAAAAUACCUACAGAAACAAAACAAAUACACGAUACAAACAUAUUUGAACACAGAAUAAUUUAUAAAAAUAAAUACCGUGCAAACAGCAUAAAAAGAUCUCCCAAAUAUGCGUGAACAAAAAAAUUAAUUAC